UAACUGUUCUUUAUUGAAAGGGGGGGAGAGGGAGUCAACAACAAUGUUAUUAAUCAUGACAGAAAUUCAAAAUAACGUUUACAUUUAUUUAAAAGCUUCAAUAUUAAAUAUUAAAAGGAAAUUGCAAUCUGAAAAUAUAAAUCGAUUGCUAAGUUGAAACAAACAUUCAGUUUAAAAAUGUCCACAACCUCACAACCUUUAAACACAGUAACCUCCUCGUAGAAGUAGAUAUCUAAGUUCAAGCCGACGAAAGUGUGUCAAUUAAAAUGUCCAGGAAAAAAAAGAUGAAUCAACAGCCUAUAAAUGUAGGCGAAGCUGUUAAAAUUUGUGUUGAAGUUACUAUUAAAAAAUUUUUGAACUCCGAAGAAUUGAAAGAAUGGGAGUACCCUAGCUCUUUUACAGCCAAGGAAAGAGCAUAUAUUCAUAAUGAGGCUAAAAAAUAUGGCUUGAAAUCCAAAAGUAGAGGUAAGGGGAGCAGUCGCUACCUUACAAUUUACAAAAGGGAAGCCUCCGCUAUCAUGGAGAAAGAUGCUACAAUGAGCUUAACUCCAGCUUCAAGAACAUUGAUGAUGAGUAUGCUAACUAAACAUCCUGUAACUACUAGGGAAAGGCAAGACUGUUUACCACCAGUUGAGCGAUGCAAGGAUUUGUACCAAGAUGGCAAAGAUGGCUCUCGUGCUUUGGGCCGCAUGUCUGGAGGAACACCUCAAGUUCCACCUCCAGUCACGACUAAAGCUUAUGCACAAUUCAGAGCAUCACUUCCUGUUGCAGCACUUCAGGAUAUUAUUGUACAAACAGUUGCUGAAAAUCAAGUCACAAUUAUCGCAGGUGAAACUGGCUCUGGCAAGACCACUCAGGUUCCUCAAUUUUUACUCGAAUGGCAUGAAAAAACUGGUCGCCCUUGCCGUAUAGUUUGCUCUCAACCUAGAAGAAUAUCUGCAGUAUCCGUUGCAGAAAGAGUAGCCACUGAGAGAGGAGAUAAAGUUGGCCAGUCUGUCGGCUAUCAAAUUAGGCUUGAAGGAAAAGUUUCUCCUUAUACAGUACUCAUGUAUUGUACAAAUGGUGUUCUUCUACGUACUCUAAUGACAGGAGAGUCAGUUUUGGCAACUGUAACACACAUUAUUGUUGACGAAGUUCACGAGAGGGACAGGCUUAGUGACUUUGUGCUAAUUGUACUGAGGGAAGCUCUAGCCAAGUUCCGUUCAUUGCGUUUGAUACUCAUGUCAGCAACGGCAGAUUCAAGCACUCUUUCUUCUUAUUUCAAUAAUUGUCCUGUGAUAACUGUUCCUGGAAAACUUUUCGAGGUUAAAGAACACCAUUUAGAAGACAUUUUGAAACAGACUGGUUACAUGACCUCAGAAAUGGAAAAGAUGCGCAAAGAUCUCGAGAAGAAAAAAGCUCAAGCGGCUCAGCUAGAUAAGUGGGCUGAAGCAGUGAGAGACGAUGCUUCGAUGACGUCUAGUGCGUCUGCUCAACUUUUAGCCUCUAAUAGUACUCAGGGCCAUGAGGAUGUUGGGACAUGUAAGGAAAUGGACGAAGCUAUUCAAGAGGCUUGGCUGACUGCAAGCGAUGCUGCCUUUGCGCAGCUUUUAUACUUACUUCAAAAUGAAGUUGUUAAUGUGGAUUAUCAGCAUUCCAAUACGGGUAUAAGUUCACUGAUGGUAGCAGCCGCUAGAGGCUCGGCCGAGGUCAUCGAACAGCUGUUGGCUCUCGGUGCUAAUCUGUUAUUGGAAGCCUCCAAUGGCUAUUCUGCUAUAAAAUUUGCUGAAUGUUUUAAUCGAGUGGAAAUUGUCGACAUAUUAAGAGCACAUGAAACUCUUCUCGCCGUUUCCAAUUUUGACAGUAAUACAAAUGAGAUAGCUGUCGAGAGGAAGCUUAGUGAUGUUGAUAAAGAACUGCUCGAGUUAUACCAUUGUUCCUUUAAUGACAACUUUAUCGACAUGAAGCUUCUGAUGGUUCUUAUUUCUCAGAUACAUGUUGAAAAUAUUAAUAAAGGUUCAAUCCUAGUGUUCCUUCCUGGUUAUGAGGAUAUUAUGACUUUGAAGGAGCUUUUAAUUUCAGAAGAGCGAAGAAUGUCUCAGAAGACCAAAGUCUUGAUUUUAAUGCUUCAUAGCAAUAUGCAGACUAGUGAACAGAAAUUAGUGUUCAAACCGACCCCUAUAAAUACGAGGAAGAUCAUUUUGUCGACUAAUAUAGCAGAGACCAGUAUCACGAUUGACGAUAUCAGUUACGUAAUUGAUACUGGCAAAAUGAAAGAGAAGUCUUAUAAUGCUCUGACAGGAGUUAGCCAGCUGUGCACCGUGUGGGUCAGCAAGUCGUGCGCUAUCCAGAGGAAGGGCCGAGCUGGUAGGACAGGCCCUGGCAUCUGCUAUCGCCUCUAUUCCAGUCUGCGCUACGAAGCUCUUCAGCAGCAUGCCACGCCUGAGAUUCUAAGAGUUCCGCUGCAGGAAUUAUGUUUAUAUGCAAAGCAGCUUGCUCCUCCUAAUACUUCUAUCGUCGACUUCUUAUCAAGAGCUCUAGACCCUCCGUCCAGCAUGGCUAGUAGAUCUGCCGUGUCACUCUUAAAGACCAUUGAUGCCCUUGAUACGUGGGAAGAUCUGACCGAUCUCGGGCAUCACCUACUUGAUUUCCCGAUCGAGCCUAGAUAUGGAAAAAUGUUGAUUUACGCUUCCGUCCUCAAAUGCCUUGAUCCUGUGCUGACUAUAGUCUGCUGCCUUUCCUAUAGAGAUGUUUUUAUUUUGCCGAUGGCAGCUGGUAAAAAGAAGGACGUUCAUGCGGAACGAGCAAGAUUCGCAGCUGGAAGUUUGAGUGAUCACAUGGUACUACUUAGAGUUUUUCAGAGUUGGCAGGAGGCAAGGAAACAGGGACGUGGAAGGCAGUUCUGCCAACAACACUAUAUUAACGGUGCAGCAAUGGAAAUGAUUCUUGGAACAAGGGCUCAAGUUCUCGCUCAGUUGCGUGCUUCAGGAUUCAUUAAAUCAAAAGGGCAUGGUGAUAUUAAAUAUGUAAAUGCUAAUUCUGACAAUUGGGCGGUUGUUAAAGCUGCAAUUGCAGGUGGGUUGUACCCAAAUAUAGCUAGGGUCGAUAGACAGCAUAACAUCCUUAGAACUGUAAAAGAGCAUAAAGUUCGCCUCCAUUGCACUUCAGUUUUACAUGAUGGAAAUAAAGGUUCUGUCACCUAUUUCCCGACAGAAUGGGUAGCUUUCGAGGAACUGUCUCGAUCAUCGACAGUCUGUCACAUAAGAACGGCGACAGUUCUCUCCCCUAUAACAGUCGCUGUAUUUGCUUCGCCCAGAGCCAUCCCAUACGAUGCCCUUUCUGACACUCACAUCGAAGGCAGCUUAUGUUCCGAUUCAGAAGAGGAAGAAGUCGGCCCCGAAGAGACUGCAACCCUUAAAGUCGACGACUGGGCAACAUUUAGAACUGACUCGGAAACGGCUCAGCUCGCGUUGCAGCUAAGGGUUAAAUGGCACUCCCUUCUUUCGAAGAAGUUGAGAUGGACACAUAAAGUUUUGAAUACAAUGGAUGAACUUGUAAUAAAUACGAUUGUAAGAGUUCUUUCUGCUGAAGAGCAAGCUGCUAGAUUAUCGGCUCCUCCUGGUGUCGGUAAAAGACCUUACCUGAUGACACCCGACCUACCAGCAAUUGGAAACAGAACUCUGGAUUAUUCCGAUGGACUCAAUGAUUCUCACAACGAUAGAAGAAAUCAAGGAACAGCUUCUCCUUCAAAAUCAAAUUUUGAGAGGUUCAAUAAUGGUACAAAUAAAAGUUUUGAGGAGACUUCACCAACCCAGACUGCGUUCAGCAGCGGAGGAAUAGAAGCCCAGAGAGCCAACUGUGCAUCGCCCUUCAGGUAUUUUGUCAUCAAAGCUGGUCAGUUGAAAAAUAUUGACAUUUCAGUGGUUCAUAAAAUGUGGGCAUUUCUUCCUACGACACAGAGUAGGCUUGUUCAAGCUUUGAAGGCAGGAAAAUCGGUGAUCUUGGUGUUCAGCAUACAGGGGUCAGGCCAUUUUCAAGGAUAUGCUCACCUCGCUGGAGAAAAUCCAGUCACCGGAGAGAUACCUCUCGAUCUUUCCGGUAAUCAUUCACUUUCUGCACCUUUACCAGUCGAGUGGAUCAAGCGAGGCAACAUUCCCUACCAUGCCACCCGUCAUUUAUUUAAUCCUUAUAAUGAUUACGCCAAGGUACAGACAUCGAGGGACGGACAGGAAAUCGAACCAUCCGUGGGAGAAGCGUUAUGCCAGCUGUGGGACUCAUUGCAAUGGUUUCCUCGACCUGCAAGAGUGGUCAGACCGACUCCUUACCACGCCUCGUCCUACAAGAUGUAAAAUACUAUACUUCAUUGGUCUCAACUUAUUAAUUCAUAGGUGUUAGUUUAAUCGCCUAGAUUCGUUGCAACAUGAGUACUAUCAGUGAAAUUCCAGCUGCUUGUGCAGUACAGUUUUCUCAUUUCAAAACAUGUAUCCCAUAAGUUCCUGGAACGGAAAAACCCUAUUGUAUAAAAUCUGACAGUGUGAAGAUAGUUAAAACUUGUGAUUUGGAACAAAAGAUUCUCAUGGUAGUGUAGAUAGGAGUGUUGGGCCUACAAUAUUCUUGAAUGUCUGUAUAAAAUAUCAAAUAAAGUAACCAUGGAAGUAAAUUGAUCUAACAAAAUAAUUAUAUGAUAAAAUAAAUGUAUACAACAGAAAUUGAAGCGGAAAUGAUGAAAUAAAUAAAUAGAGAAAUA